CGUUUGAAUUAUUUACCAUUAUGUUGAAGUUUUCAUGAUCAGGAACAAGAAGUCAUCACAGGACUAUGAUCGCGUGGAUUUUUCUUUGAGUCCAGCUUGGUGAAACCCGAAGUUGAAAGUGUCUUUUCUGUGAUGAAAGUACUGGGCCAAGGUUGCAUUGCAGCUAACGUCUAACAUGGAACAAGUGCAUGCUACUUGGACAACUUUGGAUUGAAUAUUAUUAUCUAUUUCAUGUAUGUAUGUAUGUGUGUACUUCUUUUCCUUUUUGCUUCUCCCUUGAGGGGCCGCCACAGCGGAUCAUCCUCCUCCAUCUCACCCUGUCCUCUGCCUCCUCUUCUCUCAAACCUACAAACCUCAUGUCCUUCUUCACCACAUCCAUAAAUCACCUCUUUGGAUAACAAAUAUCACAAAAUUCUGGUGUCGCCCUUACAGUAGUGCAAUGUGUCGUGACAUAUGGCCAGAUUCCUGCCAAUACACUGAUAUAAGUGGAAUGGAUGUGAACUUCAAAGCAUUCAAAUGGUUGGUCAAUAAGUAUAAAGCAUAUAAGGAUCAGUUUAUGAAUGAAAUACAUGGAUAGUUUUCCCAAUGCCCUUCAAGUAUCUUCCACACACAGGCAGCAGUCAGAGCAGAGAGGCAGAGACGUCCAUCUCCCCAGAAACCACCUCCUGCUCUUCAUCUCAUCAUCAUCACAGGUUAUCCCAGACCAACUUCUCCAACAACAGAGAUUUCCGCUCCUUUCUCCAAUCCCUGUGCGUCACCUUUAAAGAGUUCAAGAAGCAUGAGCAGAUCGAGAAUGAGUACAUCAUUGGGCUGCUGCAGCAGCGCUGCUGCACCGCCUACAACGUGCAUUCUGACAACAAACUGUCGGAGAUGCUGUCCCUGUUUGAAAAGGGACUUCAUACCGUGAAGAAUGAAUUUGAGCAGCUGAACUAUGCCCAGCAGUUGAAGGAGCGACUGGAGGCUUUCACCCAAGACUUCCUUCCUCACAUGAAAGAAGAAGAGGAGGUUUUUCAGCCGAUGCUUAUGCAGUACUUCACCUACGAGGAGCUUAAAGACAUCAAGAAACAGGUGAUAGCGCAGCACUGCAGCCAGCAGCAUUGGGACUGUGCUGCGGAGGUUCUGAAGGGCUUUGGUUUCUGGAGCCAUGCAGAGGAGCUGCAGAAGGCCUUUAAGUACGCCGAUCAUGAGAAGACAGAGUAUGAACUGGAACAGAAUGGGAACAUUUCCUCCCACAUCUUGCUACUUCCCACUGAAAUCCUACUCAAGGUUUUCCACUAUUUGAGCCCAGAGGAUCUUUGCAGGUGCAAUCAGGUGUGCAGCAUCUGGUCCCAGCUUGUUAAGACCGGAUCCCUGUGGAGGCACCUGUACCCGGUUCGCUGGGCCAGAGGAGAUUAUUACAAUGGUCCACCUGGCGAUAUGGACCAGGAGCCAGAUGAGAGUUGGGUCAAAAGUCGGCAGAAUGAGGGACACGCUUACCAGAAGUGGGACGAGGACGCUGAUGUUGACGAGUCAGAAAACACUCAAGGCUCUUCAGCAAUAAGUACAGUGCAGCGGGAAAAGAGGCUCCUCAAUGGCAUCAUCCAGAACCUCCUACCAGCUGUGGGUCUGUCUGUCAGGUCUGUGGUUCUGGCCUACAGCUCCACAGUCUCCAGCAAAAUGGUUCGACAAAUUCUCACUCUCUGCCCAAAUAUUACGCACCUGGACCUGACCCAGACUGAUGUCACAGACUCUGCGUUUGACAGCUGGUCAUCUCUUGGCACCUGUUUCUCCUUGGAACACCUGGACUUGUCAGGUUGUGAGAAAAUUACCGAUCAGACACUGAAAAGACUGUCUGUUGGACUGGGUGACCUCACAUCCUCCUCCUGCUUGGACAACCGCUCGGACAAGAUCUUAAAAUCUCCCUCAACACCAGUCAAGCUAUUUGAAGAGGCCAACCUUGAGUCUGGUCUCUGGAGACGCCAGGCUCUUAUUUUCAAGUCUGGAACUGGCUGCUGGGGUACUGGUGGCAGCCCAAGACAAGUGUGGGUGCUGGACUCCGUUAAUCUGGUGGAUAUUGAAGACGCUGCCGAUCGUACCCCUCGAGGUGGCUGGUUGCUUCCUGAAAGAGACAGUUUUGUAGAGACGCAGCUGGUUGGAAGCUCAUGCUGCUGCAGGAAGAGCAGAAGGCGCAGACACAGGACUGGUUCCAGCGCCUCCUUCCUUCACCAGCAGCUCACCUUGUCAGGGGAAAUAUUUUGCGGUCACUCCACCUGUUGCUCAAGUGACACGGCCCUCAGGACUUUUAGUGGGCCUCGCCAUGAGUCAGGAUCUACCGUGGAAAUUUGGACUAAAUGCCCCGCACCUGGAGCGCCGCAGUGUUUGGCCCCUGAAACAAAGACUGAAUUCACAGGGUCCAAACGCUCAAUGAGAUUUCUCAGUCUCUCUGGGUGUUACCAAGUCACAGACUCAGGCUUAAGAGCUCUGUCGCAGCUUGGAGGACUACCAGUUCUGGAGCAUCUGAACUUGUCUGGCUGCCUCUUCAUCACUGAGGUUGGGCUGCAAGAGCUGGUGUCAGCAUGUCCAUCCCUCAAUGAUGAGCACUUCUAUUACUGCGACAACAUCAAUGGUCCUCAUUCGGACACAGCAAGUGGAUGCCAGAACCUACAGUGUGGAUUCAGGGCUUGCUGUCGCUCUGGAGAGUGAUGUUGUCGUUGAAUUUCAUUGUCACCUUUCCUGUUAUUGCACUUUAUCCUGAUACAACAGAACAAAAGAGAUUUAUGAACGAGACUGUAAUUUUGCUCUUUUUGCGCUCCAUCUGUGUUACAGUGAACCAAACCUUUAAACACUCGAUAAAUUUGACCAUAGUCCGUACUUGUUUCAAGAGAGAGAUGUGAGCCACAAAUGCACAGUGUUUUUCAGUAGUUCAGCCAUUUUUAGUCUGCAACAGUUUCUCACCGUUUCUUCAAUUCAUUUGGUGUAGUUUUUUUGUUGAGUGUUUUUUUUUCUGGAGAAUCUUUUUUCAAGUUUAAUGUCAAGUGUUCUUACAUUGGUGGAUUUAACAGCUACCACGCUCCUGAACACUUCAAGGCACAAAAAUGGUUAUUUAGUUCUCAAUCUACAUGUGACACAGGUGUGGAUCAACGGCUUUAAGUGAGAGAGAGGCAGUUAAAAGCAGGUAAAUUCAUCUCACAAUUUCAAUGGGAAUUAUUGCCAAAUUUGUCAAAAUAAUAGACACAUUAAAUGUGGAAUUCUAUUGAAUAUGUUAUAUAAAGUACAAUAAAGUAUGUUGGCACAACAUUGAUGUGUUUUUUGAAUUGUUUUUAUAAAGCAUCAGCACAAAAGACAUUGAACAUCAAGAAACUUGCUAUGAAAAGCUGUGUAAAAAAAAGUUCUUUGUGACUCAUUAAAGUGGCCCACAGUUUGUAUACACUUACUACACAUAUUUACUUAUAAACAAAAGUGUUUUGAUAUUCAGAAUUGACAUUUACAGGCUGCAGAAAUAUUUGCAUCAAAAGGUGGUUCUGGCAGUCGUUCAUUUUUUUUCUAAGAAA